AUGUCUGUGUUUGCUCCUGUGUCUGUGUCAGCCCCUGUGUAUGUCAGCCUCUGCCUGUCCGUGUCAGCCUCUGCCUGUCCGUGUCAGCCUCUGCCUGUCCGUGUCAGCCUCUGCCUGUCCGUGUCAGCCUCUGCCCCUGCCUGUCCGUGUCAGCCUCUGCCUGUCCAUGUCAGCCUCUGCCUGUCCGUGUCUCUGCCUGUCCGUGUCAGCCUCUGCCUGUCCGUGUCAGCCUCUGCCUGUCCGUGUCAGCCUCUGCCUGUCCGUGUCAGCCUCUGCCUGUCCGUGUCAGCCUCUGCCUGUCUGUGUCAGCUUCUGCAUGUCUGUGUCAGCCUCUGCAUGUCUGCAUCAGCCUAUCCUCUGCAUGUCUGCGUCAGCCUAUGUGUGACUGUGUCAGCCUCUGCAUGUCUGCGUCAGCCUAUGUGUGAGCCUCUGCAUGUCUGCGUCAGCCUAUGUGUGACUGUGUUCUCUGCAUGUCUGCGUCAGCGUGUGCUCUGCAUGUCUGCGUCAGCCUAUGUGUGA